UUUUUGGCUCACUUUGAUAAUAAUUAACAAGGAUUUGCACCGUCUGAUAUGUUUCUAUCUCAUAUUUGUAUUAAGAGGCUAAGUUGAUGUAUUGGGCCUUACGGAAUGCACACCACAUGUUCGAUGAAAUGUAGCAAAGAUCGGAGAUUCUGUUCAACAAGCCAACAACACAAAAUUAUCGUCAAAUUAAGAAAAUGUUCUCAGUUCACAAAUGUCAACAACAACUCCCAACCUCAGAACUCUUAGCCAUUCAAAAAUAAAAACCUCAACCCAUCAAUUUCAAUCUUGAAGACUGUAGAAACAAUAUGGAUUCCCAAAAGUUGUUUCUUCAAUAUUUUCUUCUUCUAAUCCUCUUGGCAUUUUCUUCUUCCAAAGACACCUUAACCAUUAACCAAACCAUUCAAGAUGGCAACUUUAUGAUUUCUAGAGAGAAUAAUUUUGCAUUAGGAUUCUUUAGCCCCAGGAGUUCCAAGUUUCGAUAUCUUGGUAUUUGGUAUCACAAAGUCCGAGAGCAAAAUGUAGUGUGGGUAGCAAACAGGAAUAAUCCAAUCAAUGAUUCCUCAGGUGUUCUAUCAAUUGACCAAUAUGGAAAUCUCAUUCUUUAUAGCAAUCAUAAUCAGCAAGUUCCUGUGUGGUCUGCAAAUGUCUCAGUGGAGGAUACAGGUACUUGUGUAGCUCAGCUCUUGGAUACAGGAAAUUUGAUUUUGGUCCAAGAUUCAAGUAAAGGAGUUGUGUGGCAGAGCUUUGAUCAUCCUACAGAUACUGUGCUACCAGGAAUGAAACUUGGGCUUGAUCGAAGGACGGGUAUGAACAGGUUUCUGAUAUCUUGGAGAUCAGCAAAUGACCCUGGAGUUGGAAACUUCUCACUACAGAUCAAUCCAAAAGGAUCACCGCAAGUAUUUCUUUACUGGGAUAUAAAAUGUAUCUGGCGAGGCAUUGCUUGGCCCUUGAAAAGUUAUGCAGAUGAAACCAACGUUAGUUUUGUCAACAAUCAAGAUGAGAUAUACAUGUCCUACGUUCUUUCUGAUGCUUCUGUUUUCCAAAGGGUAAUUUUGGAUUAUUCCGGACUUGUUAAGAAACAAACUUGGCAUGAAAAAGAUGGCAAAUGGAAGGAAUUUUGGUCUGUAACUAUGUCUUUUUGUGAUCCAUAUGCGCAUUGUGGUAGCUAUGGAAUAUGUGAUCCUAACUAUGUUAGUCGAAGAUUUGAAUGUGAUUGUUUACCGGGGUAUGAACCCAAGUCUGCAAGGGACUGGCAUAUUCUCAAAGAUGCAUCAAGUGGAUGUGUUAGAAAGCGGCUAGAGUCCAUCUCAGUAUGUGGGCAUGGAGAAGGAUUUGUGAAAGUGACACAUGUUAAAGUACCUGAUACUUCAACGGCCAUUUGGGUGAGCAUGAAUAUGAGUCCGAGGGACUGUGAAAAGGAUUGCAGGAGGAAUUGUUCAUGCUCUGCAUAUGCAAGCAUAGAUAUUGCUGGAAAGGGGACCGGCUGUUUGACAUGGUAUGGAAAAUUGAUGGACACUGUACAUAAUAUAGAAGAGGGAUAUGAUAUUUAUGUUCGUGUUGAUGCAGUUGAAAUAGAUGAAAUCGCCCAAAAUUCGAAUGGCUUUUUCAAAAGAAAGGAUAUGCUGGCAGUUUUAGUAGUAUCUGUUGUUUCAGCUUGGCUUAUUAUCAUCUUAUUUGUUUGUAUGUGGCUCAAGAAGAAGAAAAAGAAAAGGGUGAGGAAUAAAUGGAGCAAAAGAUGGCUUGAUACAAUUGGCAAUACAUACUACAAACAAACUUGGGAGGAAAAUGAAGUUGAAGGUGACAUGAGUCAUCCCAAGAUUGCAUUUUUCAGUCUCAGCACAAUACUUUCUGCGACUAGCAAUUUCUCUCCAGCUAACAAACUAGGGGAAGGUGGCUUUGGCAUGGUUUAUAAGGGUACAUUGUCUAAUGGAAAAGAAGUUGCUGUGAAAAGACUAUCAAAAAGUUCAGCACAAGGAAUAGAAGAAUUUAAAAAUGAAGUUUUGUUGAUUGCAAAACUUCAACAUCAGAAUCUGGUGAAACUCAUAGGAUGUUGCAUUCAGGGACAGGAGCCAAUGCUAGUUUAUGAAUACAUGCCAAACAAAAGCUUGGACUCCUUUAUUUUCAAUGAAACAAGAAGGUCAACCUUGAAUUGGAGAAAACGCUUUGAUAUUAUUGUUGGGAUUGCUCGUGGAAUCUUAUAUAUUCACCAAGAUUCUAGAUUGAGAAUUAUCCAUAGAGAUUUAAAAACGAGUAACAUUCUUUUGGAUGAAGAAAUGAAUCCAAAAAUUUCAGAUUUUGGAUUAGCUAGAAUCUUGAAACGCGACCAAUCGCAAGAGAAGACAAAUAAAAUAGUUGGAACAUUCGGGUACAUGUCACCAGAAUAUGUGGUGUUUGGAAAGUUUUCAACAAAAUCUGAUGUCUUUAGUUUUGGGAUAAUAUUGUUAGAGAUCAUUACAGGGAAAAAGAGCAACAGCUUUUGUCAAGAGGAUUCUUACCCAAGCAUGAUUGGAAAAAUGUGGCAUUUAUGGAGAGAAGAAAGAGCAUUGGAGAUGGUUGAUUCAUCACUACAGGAAUCUUGUUCUGUUCAUAAAGUGUUGAGAUGCAUCCAAAUUGGACUCUUGUGUGUGCAAGAAGAUGCAUUGGAAAGACCAGACAUGUCAACUGUUGUUGUAAUGUUGAAUAGUGAAGAUAGUCUUCCUACUCCUAAACAACCCCCUUUCAUUUUUAAAAGGUCCAGUAAUAGUUCUAGCUCAUUAGUAAUAAAAGAAAAAGGUUUUUAUUCCGUUGAUGAGGAAACAAUUACUGAACUUGUAUGUCGUUGAAAUAUCUCUUAUCAAUUAGAUAAAAUUUUAAGAGAAAUUUACUAUAUUGUCAAUGAGGUAUAAUGAAACUUAUUAGU